CCGGCCCGGAACUGGACGCGGAUGUGAGUGUGAACUCCAUGUAUGUGAUGCACAAAUGAAGAUGCCAGAUGCACAGUCGCGCCGGUUAUGUUUGCUGCUUUUUCCCUUUCUUUUCCGGGCCGGGGCUGCGGCGGAGGUGUCCGUAUGGAAGGUGUUCAUCAACUCGACACAAGAUGCAGUGUUUCGGAAGACGCUGUACGCCAACACUACUAUUUACAUGAAAUUCCAGGCUGAUAGCGGUCCAUGUGACCGGAACCUGGCCUUCAACAUCAGCUGGUACCUGAGGUCGUCUGUUUGUUAUAAUGAGGUUUUCAACACACCGGACAACAAAGCCAUGAACAUGUUCGGGUUGGACCACAUGUUGAGGGACGGAUGGAGCGGCUUCUACAGCCAAGGAUACAUGUACUUCGACAACUGCCCUCACUGUUCCUACCGAGGUCAGUGA